AGUCGAAAAUGGAAAGGACUCCACCAAGGAAGCGCGGGAGGCUGAAGCGAUCGACGACAUCCUCCAUGGGCAAGGGCAAAGAUGCCGCCGGAACGCCCUCCAGAAUUAAACCGUCUGCCUCCCACAAGAGGAAGCCCGCCGUUAACGAGGGUUAUAACCACUGGAAGCACAGCUCGUCCCCGUGCUUUAUGAUUGGAUCGCCUCUCACAAUCUUACCUGGCCCUCUCUCUCCUGCCGCUGGGGGCCUGUUCUUGAACGAGGAGCUCAAAAGAACAUACAACGACUUUAUGUUGCGAUUCGAGCUCAAAGCCAGCGAGACCGCAACGAUCACUGCAAAUCACACAGCAAAAGCAAGCAACACAACCUCACGCAACAGAGUUUUUAUUUGGGACGUGGAGGCACAACCUAAUCGGCGAGCUAUUCUUGGAGCUGAGGAGUCUCGCCCAGAUUUGGUCUUAUCAGGACACCAAGACAUUGCAGAAUUUGCUCUUGCAAUGUGCCGAGCCGAACCCUUUGUGCUCUCUGGAGGGAGGGAUAAAUCUGUUGUGUUGUGGAGUAUUCAGGAUCAUGUUUCAACACUUGCCAAUGCUGGAACCCAAUCUGCUGAGUCUGCUAGUUCAAUCAUAAAGGCUGCUGAUAAUUCUACAGUUGGCUCACGCGGGAUCUUCCAAGGCCACACUGAUACAGUUGAGGAUGUUCAGUUUUGUCCAUCAAGCUCUCAGCAAUUUUGUAGUGUUGGAGAUGAUUCUUGUUUGAUAUUUUGGGACGCAAGGAUUGGAAGUGAUCCGGUUGUUAAGGUGCAUGUUUCAGCGAGUGGAGUAAGUGCCCCUGUCCAUAAAUUUUCAGGUCACAGUGCAGCUGUUCUCUCUGUCCAGUUGUCACCUGACAAAUGCUCUGUAUUUGGGAGCUGUGCAGAAGAUGGCUUGUUAAACAUCUGGGACUAUGAGGAUUUUAGGUUGGUCAGAAGGAAGACACAGGGUCAGACCCUGAUACUCCAGCAGGGUUGUUUUUCAAACAUGCUGGGCACAGGGAUAAGGUUGUUGACUUCCAUUGGAAUGUUGAUGAUCCAUGGACAAUUGUUAGUGUAUCUGAUGAUGGGGAAUUCGCCGGUGGGGGUGGUACUCUUCAGAUGUGGCGUAUGACAGAUCUUCUAUCCCUACCUCAAGAUGAAGUUUUGGCUGAGCUUCAGAAAUUCAAAGACCAUGUGAGUGAGUGCUCCAAGACUUGUGUGUGACAAUGACAUCAUUCUGUUGAAUAUGUAGAAAUGAAGUGGAUUUAUGCUAUUAUCUGGCCUUGUAUGGGUAUGCAUAUUAGUAGGGAAUAUUCAUUUGAUUUUGCGGCAUAAUAUUUGGAGCAAGGCAUCAAGUUGUGUUUAAAA